UCACAACACCAAUAACAUUUUUUUGAAUUCUCUCGAUUCCGGAACUUCGAGAUACCGCUACGCUAUUGAGACCCAAACCCUCGAAACGCUCGCUGCUAACCACUAUCCGGACUUAAAAACAACGCUACAGCCUACAUGGAUCACCCGACCCUACAAAACCAACCCUCUCUUAGCUCCGUAUUCUCGCCUCUGUUGGGUCUUUUCGCAACCCGGUGGUCUCUCUCUCUUCCUCUUUCCACUCUUUCUAUUCUGAUUUCUCCGACUCAAUAAACUUCCACUCUCUCUCUCCCCCUCUGUAUCAGAUCGACUCGAAAGGGUUCGCUAUAUCCGAAACCCCAUUUCUUAUCUCUUUAUUUAUGUUUCUCUAGCACUCCACUGUUUCACUGCUCGAGAACACACGCUCAUUCCUUCUUCUUCUUCUGAUAACAGUUUUCGCAAUUUCAAGUACAUAUUAUAGUUGGGGUUUUAUUGGCUAUUCGUUGUAGCAUUCGACACCUUCUUUUUUUCCUGUUUGAGAUCAAGUUCCUGUGGAGUAAAGAACUAUAUAAACGAAGAUGUUUGGUACAACUACCCCUUUUGGGCAAUCUUCUAGUAGCCUUUUUGCAUCCCAAUCUGUUUUUGGGCAGACCAACAAUGCAAGUAGCAAUCCAUUUGCACCUAAACCUCCCUUUGGUAGUCCAACCCCUUUUGGCUCCCAAACAGGAGGUUCAAUAUUUGGGGGUACUUCUACUGGAGUGUUUGGUGCAACCCAAUCUUCUUCUCCCUUUUCCUCAACAGCAGCCUUUGGUGCUUCAUCUUCUCCAGCUUUUGGAAGUUCCAUGCCUGCUUUUGGCAGUUCAUCAUCAUCUUUUGGUGGUAAAUGUUUCUGGUCUUCUAUUUUUGGUCAGAAGCCUGCAUUUGGCUUUGGGUCUACUCCCACUCAAUCAAGUCUUUUUGGAAACACAACACAGCAAUCACAGCCUCAAUUUAGUAGUGGUAUAUUUGGUUCCUCCACACCUUUUGGUUCAACUCAAUCUGCAUUUGGUUCCAAUACUCCUGCUUUUGGUGCCACGAGCACCCCUGCCUUUGGUGCCACGAGCACCCCUGCCUUUGGUUCCACGAGCACCCCUGCCUUUGGUGCUACGAGCACCCCUGCCUUUGGUUCAACUGGAAGUCCAGCAUUUGGGAGCACUGGAACUGCAUUUGGUGUGUCUAAUGCCCAGGUAUUUGGAACAGGGGGCACAUUUGGAGCAGCAAGCACACCUGCUUUUGGCACUUCUAGCACUCCUGUUUUUGGUUCUUCUAGUUCUGCAUUUGGGGGUUCCAUCCCUCCUGCUUUUGGGGCUUCAAACACUCCUCCUUUUGGAGCAUCUUCUACUCCUUCAUUCAGCUUUGGGUCUAGCCUAGCUUUUGGCCAAUCAACGCCAACAUUCGGUAGUAGUCCUUUUGGAACCACUACAUUUGGAGCCCAGAGUUCUCCUUUGGGAACCCAAUCUUCUGUACCAGCAUUUGGAAGCACUAGCUUUGGCCAAUCACCUUUUGGGGGUCAACGUGGGGGAAGUAGAGUAGCUCCUUACACACCUACAACUGAAGCAGAUAGUGGGAGUAGUGCACAGCCAGCUGCAAAGCUGGAGUCAAUAUCAGCGAUGCCUGUUUACAAAGAUAAAAGUCAUGAGGAGCUGAGAUGGGAGGAUUAUCAAUUAGGGGAUAAAGGUGGACCACAGGUAGCUGCUCAGCCUUCUGGAGGGAUUGGCUUUGCUGUGUCAACUGCACCUAUUAGUCCUUUUGGCUCUUCUUCAACGUUUGGUCAAACAUCUGCAAAUCCUUUUUCCAGCACAAGUACCAAUCCAUUUAGCCUAAAACCCCCAUCCCUUAAUAGUACAGGUUUUACAACCUCGACUACUACAUCAAAUCCUUUUCAAUCAACAUCAUCAAGCCUUUUUGGCCCAACUUCGUCAACAACUUCAGUAUUUAGUUCAUCUGCAACUCCUACAUUUGGAACUGGUUCAUCUCUUUUUAGCUCAUCUGUCACUCCUUCAUUUUCAACUUUGCCAUCCAUUUUUGGUACUGGUGGAGCUCCGAUAACAACUCGAGCAUUUGCUACUGGUUUAAAUUUUAGCAGCAGUCAGACAUCCCCUCUGUUCAAUUCUACCCCUGCAAUUGGGCAGACAGGGAAUGCUUUUGGGCAGGUGACCUCUACCUUUGGACAGAACACUAGUAACUUUGGUCAAACAAGCAUUUUCAAUACACCUUCCUCUGGGUUUAGUGGGAAUAUGUUUUCGAGUUCUCUAUCGGUGGCUCCUUCUAGUAACCCAUCUGCCUUUGGCCCAACAACUCCCACUUUUGCUUCACCUUUUCAGCCAGCUCAGCCAGCUCAGACCAGUGGUGCUUUCAGCUUUAGCAAUUUUGGUCAGACACAAUCAGGUGGUGGAUCAGGCAUUUUUGGUCAGAGUAAUAUUGCCCUACCGAAUUUGUCUGCUACACAGAGUGCUGCUGCAGUACAACCCGUGACUAUUACAAACCCCUAUGGAACACUCCCUGCAAUUCCUCAAAUUUCCAUUAUGCGGGCUGGGACUGCACCAUCUGUUCAAUAUGGGAUUUCCAGCAUGCCUGUUGUGGACAAACCUGCUCCUGUUAGAAUUUCGCCCUUAUUGACUUCUCAACACCUUUCACAAAGGCGGAUUAGGUUGCCUGCAAGGAAGUAUCAUCCUAAUAAUGAUAGUCCAAAGGUUCCAUUUUUCAGUGAUGAUGAAGAUGCACCCAGCACACCUAAGGCUGAUGCUGCUUUUAUUCCUAGGGAAAAUCCAAGGGCUCUGGUCAUUCGUCCCACAGAAAAUUGGCCUUCAAGAGCUCCUGCAGAGAAGGCAUUAUCAUUGAAGGACACAUCCACUUCAGUGCAUGAGAAUGGCAAAAUUUCUGGUGAUGGCUCUAAUGCUGAGGAUAAAGAUAAAAAUCCAGCUGAAAAUGGACUUGUGAAGGAGCUAAUUCAUCCUGUCAGAGGUAAUCAGAAAGCUGAUGGAGUCCAUGAUGAUCAUUCUGUUCAGAAAGAGGAUUCCUACAUGACGCUCAGUGGCCACAGAGCUGGUGAGGCUGCUAUUGUGUAUGAGCAUGGGGCUGACAUUGAGGCUUUAAUGCCAAAGCUCCGGCGGUCUGAUUACUAUACUGAACCUGGAAUCCAAGAACUGGCAGCGAAGGAAAGGGCGGAACCAGGGUACUGUCAUCGUGUCAAUGACUUUGUGGUUGGGCGGCAUGGUUAUGGAAGUAUCAAGUUCCUGGGUGAGACAGACGUGAGACGUCUUGAUCUGGAGUCCCUUGUCCAGUUCAACAACCGUGAGGUGAUUGUUUACAUGGAUGACUGUAAGAAACCUCCUGUUGGACAAGGUCUUAAUAAGCCCGCGGAGGUAACACUUCUCAACAUCAAAUGCUUUGACAAAAAGACCGGACACCAUUAUACGGAAGGGCCAAAAGUUGAGAAGUACAAGGACAUGCUUAAGAGGAAAGCAGAUAACCAAGGGGCAGAGUUUCUGUCCUAUGAUCCCAUCAAAGGAGAAUGGAAGUUCAGGGUCAAUCACUUUAGCACAUACAAGUUGGAAGACGAAGAGGAAGAUUACUAAGAAAUGUGCGCUGUUCCAGAUUGCUGAUAAGAAGAUAGGGACACUGCUUUAUGCCGAGUGUUGAAGUAAAACUUUUUGCCUGGCCCUCGUGAUUUGUCCCACGAAGGGUUGAUUUGAAUUGUACAGAAAUUGCCAAAUAGCGGUAAUGUUGAAUUGACUUUUUGAGUUGUGGCAUCAAAGUAAAACAUGAAUUAUUGUAUCUUGUGGUUUCUUUAUUUUCUUUCUUGCUGAGUAUUGGUUUUGAUUUCCUUUUUGGGUUUCUAGCUAUUUAAUUCCUUGGACAUGUUGCUUUUGAAUUGGCAGCCAUAUCAUUGUAAUCGGAAAAGUGCUGGUGCAGAGGGAGAAGGGAUGUUGUUAGAGUUUUUACACGAACAUGUUUCCUUAGCCUUAAAUUUUUGAAUUGAAGUCUCUGUUUCGUGUUGUAAUCGUACAUACAUGUGCAUAUGUUACUGGUUGAGAUUUAAGCUUUGAUUCACGCAGUUUUAGGAUUCGGAUAUUCA